UGCUUAUCAACCCAUCACAUAUACCAUUUCUAAUAGCCACACAACCAUGUCCAAGUUAUCACAACAAGAAAUCAUCCCCUUGCCGACCGAUCUCGGCGCCUUGGGCAACCGAAUCAACCAUGGUACCAGAGAAGCACACAACAAGAUCGACAAGAUGAUGAUGAUUAUGUUUGGGUUGGCAAUCAGAGACGCCAAGAUCUACAGACAGGGCUUGCAGAGCUUUUACCACGUGUUUGACACAGUCGAAAAGUGUUUGGACAGACAGAUUAAGGACGGCAAGCCGGAACACACCGAGUACACUACCAUGUUGAGCAAAAUCUACAAGCCGGAAAUCAGAAGAACCGAAAAGUUGAGACAGGACUUGUUGUUCUACUACAAUGGACAUGAGGAGAAGUUUGCAGACCCGGUGAUGCCUGAACAGAUCAAGUUCGCCCAGCACAUUCAGCAGGUUUCUGCCGAAAAGCCAUACCUCUUGUUGGCCUAUUUGCACGUUAUGUACUUGGCGUUGUUUGCCGGUGGCAGAAUCAUGAGAUCCAAGUUGACCCAGGCGUCUGGCUUGUUUCCACAGGUUGAUGGGAAGACCACCGCGGAGGUCAGCAAGUUGGGAACCAACUUCUUCACCUUUGACGUUGAGGACGAGAAUGUGUUCCGCGUGCUCUAUAAGCGUGACUACGAGCUCUUGACCAGAAACAGUUUGACCGAGGAGCAGAAGUUAGAGAUCAUUGCUGAGUCCCAGUACAUCUUUGAGCAGAACGGUAAGUGUGUCAAGGAAAUCGAGGCUCGCAAUCUCCUGAAACUCAAGUCCAAGAUGGCCUACAAAGCAGCUUUCUACGGCUAUUAUGUGUUGAUUCUUCUUGCGGUAGCUUUUGUCGCCUACUUCAGUAGAAGACUCUUGAACAACUUUCUUGCUUAG